AUGAGUAUUGCUUGUUAUAUAAUAUUUCCACAAGUUUAUUCAUUGGAUUUGGUACAAAAUUCAUUUAUAAUGAAAAUAACAUUAUUAAUUGAAGCCACAUUAAUAUUUCAUAAUGUAUUUGCAUUAAUACAAUGUGCAUUAUUAUUAUCAUAUACAAUAUUAGCAAUAUAUCAAGUAUUACAUUGUGAAUUGGCUAUUAUAAAUAAGAAUUUUUUAAAAUUAUUAAAAAAAUUACAAAAUGGUCAUAGAAUCAAUACAAAAGAAUUGAAACAAUUAAAAUUUAUUUUAAAUCAACAUAUAACAUUAUCAUAUUAUAUAUUAAGACCGGAUAAAACAACAUGGAGUCAGGCAUUAUAUUAUUAUGCAUUAAUCAGCAUACCGAUCAAUGUAACAAUAAUGUGUGAAUUGAUUGUUGAAGAUUUAUUACCUGAAACCAAAUUAUUAAUCAUUAUGAUUGCUAUUGUACAUGGUAUAACUGGUUCUUUUCCAUUUUUAUUAGCAGCAAAUAUGUCAAGUGAUUUUCAUUCAAUCAAAGAUUAUUUACCUGCAAUGCAAUUACAAUUAAAACGUUCAACACAUUUACGAUUGAAAUUAAAAUAUGAUGAUCUUUAUGAACGAUUAAUAACUGGACGAAAAAUUUCCUAUACAUUUGGUACACUUGGUAAUUUAACAUUUCGUGGUCUGUUUGAAGCAUUUCUUGGCUAUAUUAUCGGUAAACUUUAA